CAUUUUUGUUAUAUAUUCUGUUUGAUUUCUUUGAUUCCAUUUCCACUGUGCUUCUUUUAUCAUCAUCACCAGGUUAUUGUUUUUAUCAAGAUUGUUGUUUUUGUUUUGCAAGCCUUUACCUUGUAAACUAACAAGGGGUGUUUGGUUUCACUCCUUAGAUCUCGUGUGUUUGGUUCCUUGCAAAGCCUUUUUCAUUACUUUUAUAGAAUUCUGAGGGCUAAAGAAGCAUCGGUAAGUAAUUGUUUGCAACUUGUGAGAAUUAGAUCCUUCAUUGAUUCAUGGCACUUCAGCAUUGUUUUUCACAUGAAUCGAAAACCAUUCCAAAUUCCAUGUCAGAAGCAGAAAAUUCCAAUGGUUGUUUUGAUUGCAACAUUUGUUUAGACUUUGCGCACGAACCGGUAGUCACUCUUUGUGGCCACCUUUACUGCUGGCAUUGCAUCUACAAGUGGCUCCAUGUACAGAGUGAUGAUUCUCUUGGAGUCGACGAACACCCACAAUGCCCUGUAUGCAAAGAUGAUAUAUCACAUACCACAAUGAUCCCAUUGUAUGGCCGCGGCGGCCAUGCUCCACCGAGUGCGAAAUCAUCACAUUGUGAUGAUAGUUUUAUACCACCAAGACCAACUGCUUCAGGUGCUCAAGCUCUUUUGGCAAAAGUAUCUCAAAGCGAACAGCAGCAACAACUUCCAUAUCGUAAUCCUUACCGGGGUCAAUAUUUAAACUCUUCUUUGUACCAACAAGAGGAUGAUGCCACAUCACAAAUGCUCAACCUUGGUGCCUCCAUGACCUCAGGAUCUCACCACCAUCCUUUGGUUGGGAUGUUUGGGGAGAUGGUUUUUGCUGGAGUGUUUGGCAACUCGCCGAAUUCUUAUCAGCAGGCAGGAAGUAAUAGCUCUAGAUUAAGAAGGGAAGAGUUGCAGACUGAUAAAUUUUUGAACAGAAUUACAAAUUUUCUGUUUUGCUGCUUUAUUCUGUGUCUUAUUGUCUUCUGAAUGUGCAGCUAGGGGUGUGCAUGGUUAUGAACCGAACCAAAACCAUUUGAAUUAGUGAAUUAGUGCAGCUAAGAGCUUGAUUUAGUGAAUUAUCAUCAGCUAAAGAAUUUAUGUACUUGUAGUCUACAUUUAGUACACAUCUAUGGAGCUCAAUAUUGCAGAAAAUCACUGUCAGCCAAAACCAUUUGAAUUCCAACCCUAAAAUUAAAUUUACUUAUAUACAGUAAAUAUGAAAUGGUUAAUCAUUAGUACAAU